AUGUUUAGAUCGGUUCGAGCUUUUUCAAUUAGCAGUAUUAAACGAUCUUCAUAUGAUCAAUGUACACGGAACACAAUAUCUCAUAUUCACAAACAGUAUAUCGAGAAAAAACCGAUUUCAAUGAUGACAUGUUAUGAUUACCUCACGUCUCAAAUGAAUGAACGAGCAGGGAUAGAUAUUUCUUUAGUAGGGGACUCCUUGGCAAAUACAUCGUUGGGAUAUCGAGAUACAAAUGAAUUGAAUUUGGAUGAAAUGCUUUAUCAUAUUAGAUCAGUGCAACGAGGUAAUAGCCAAUCCUUUUUGGUUGCUGAUAUGCCAUUCGGAUCUUUUGAAACCUCAAAGGAACAAGCUGCCACAACAGCAAUACACAUGGUUAAAGCAGGAGCUCAGGCAGUCAAGAUAGAAGGAGGCAAUGAUGAAAUUAUCCAAACUAUAAAGAAGAUUAUUUCUGUAGGUAUACCAGUAAUGGGUCAUUUGGGGUUAACACCUCAAAAGCAUAAUGCAAUGGGAGGGUACAAACUUCAAGGAUCAGAUGUAGAAAGCGCUAAAAGAAUCUAUCAAGAAGCACACAAAUUACAAGAUAUCGGAGUUUUUUCGAUAGUUAUUGAAUGCGUUCCUACCCAACUAGCAAGGAUAAUCACAAACUCGUUGAGUAUCCCUACGAUUGGUAUUGGUGCUGGAAACUAUACUUCGGGACAAGUCUUGGUGAUGGCCGAUAUUUUGGGAAUGCUGCCCCAACCAGUACCGAGAUUUGCCGAAAAGUAUAUUGAUUUUUUCAACCUCGGUGUAGAUGCAUUGAAGAGAUAUAAUGAUAAUGUUAAAACAGGAGUGUUCCCGUCCCCGGAACAUGGAUAUAAAAUUAAGAGAGACGUUUUAGAAGAGAUUAAAAACAGUCUUGGCUCAUAG